CUAUAGUGUGGUAUUCCCUUUCAACUACAGUUUACAAUUCAAUUAUGACAGAAAACUAAGAUACCACAGUACUUUUCAUUCAUGAGGUUAGACUAGGUGAAUUCAAAAAGAAGUCACCCCGUAAACUGGGAAAGAGAACCGACACGCGGCAUGUUCAGAACAUUCACAUCCUACACUCACCACUAUGUUGACAGUAUGGCCUAUUACCUACAAUUUGCUCUAUCUGGAUUCACCUGCACACUGCACUCAAUACUGCCUACCUUAUCUAUAUAAAGAGCCUCCUUACCCCUUGAGAGAAGAUUUCUCGAUACCCAUCAUCUAUGACUUCUUGAUCUGCCCUUCACUCUAUGGUCCGCCGGGAACGGGUAAAACCUCGGUUUCCGCGACAAUCGCCUUGCAUCAUUCUCAUACCAAAAGACAGCUUCUGAUAGUAUGCAACUCGAACCAAGGACUCGGCGUGAUCUCUAAUCGUACUGUGAAAGCUCUCCAAUUCCAAAACGAUCCCCAGGGAGCCGAUGGCAUCUUUCGACUCGAUACUGAAUAUCAUGAAGAGGCGGAAACACAGUUCGCGCCGCGGAUCCAAGCUGUAUCAGACACGGAAUUCGUCAUGAAAAUCCGCUCAGACCUGGGCCAAAUGGGAAUUGCCGACCAGCAAUUUACCUUACUCCGGUUAAUUAUCGAAGCAUCCACCACCCAACAAAACGGGCUGUCUCUAGGAAGUCAUAUAAUCAAACGCCUUGAGUAUGCGAAAUGGUUGGGGUCAGGAUGGCUUGGUACUGACGACGAUGAGAUGGUUCUAUUGUGGACAUUCCUUACUUACCAGGAAGCUCUUGCUCAGAGGGGUUUCCUAUUCUUGGGGGAUGUGGUUGAAGAUCCCAGCGUGAUGGCAAAUGCUGGUGAUUCUGCCGAUAUGCUUGCAACUCUGUUCUACCUGCAGAAGGCCCGGGUCGUUCUCUGCACGGCUAGCACAGCCGGCCGCAAGCUGCUCCGGGGCUUUUGGCCCUUGACGGUAUUAGUCGAGAAGGCUUCCCAAUUAACGGAAACAUCAACGGUAAAUGGUAUCGCUCGCAUUUUAGGGUCCGUGAAGAAAGCCGUUCUCAGUGGUGAAAUCAAGCAGUUGGGCCCAACAGUAACUUCCAUAAACGCGGAUGAGUUUUAUGACUCUGAGACGCUGCCCUUCUUUGCACGUCUCCUCUCACAAGGCAUUCCAGACAUAGCGGAGUUCUCGAGUCAAGAACUCUACGACGGCAGUCUGGUGACGCAUCCAACCGCUGACAGACACUGCGAGGCAUUCCAGGCGUAUGUCAGUGAGAUGACAAACCUGGUUUUGGCCUUCGUCAAAGCCGACCUCACAGCACAGGACUUAAUGAUCCUGUCUUCCUAUUCAGAGGAGAUUCGGGUCUUGAAGCAGGUGAUUCAUGGUCUAGUGAAACCCGUCGCAAUCGAGAUCAGGUCAGUCGACUUUUCUCAGGGAAGGGAGGCGAAGAUAGUCGUCCUCUCAACAACUCGGCUAGGGGGAAGUCUCGGGAUAGGGUUCGUGGCAGAUAGACAACGGCAAAAUGUUGCACUCACUCGGGAUUAA